AUGGCUGAUUACGACCUCUCUCGGUCAAUCCAGCCCGCCGUCGGCAUGAGGCAGGGCCUACCAAACUAUGGCGAUCCUCACUUCUCCCUAUUUCUCCGCAAAGUCUUUAUCAAGGCCCUGGGAUACAGCGAAGACGCGCUUUCAAGACCAAUCAUUGGAAUCAUCAACACCUACUCGGGCUUCAACCCUUGUCAUGGCAAUGUUCCUCAGCUCAUUGAGGCUGCAAAGAGGGGUGUCCAGCUAAAUGGCGGGCUGGCCAUUGAGUUCCCGACUAUUAGCGUCCACGAAUCGUUCUCUUCUCCUACGAGCAUGUUCUUACGGAACCUUAUGAGCAUGGAUACCGAGGAGAUGAUUAAGGCGCAGCCGGUGGACGCGUGUAUUGUUAUUGGUGGAUGUGACAAGACAGUUCCGGCUCAGCUCAUGGGAGGAAUAUCUGCCAACAAGCCCAUCUUGCCACUAAUAACAGGGCCGAUGAUGCCAGGAAGCUUUCGUGGCGGCCGCAUCGGCGCUUGUACGGACUGUCGCAAUAACUGGGCUGCUUUUCGGGCAAACGAGAUUGAUAUCGAGGAUAUUUCAGCUCUAAAUGAGGAACUUGCUCCAACGGCCGGAACAUGCGGCGUCAUGGGUACGGCAAGCACCAUUGCGUGCCUUACAGCUGCCCUUGGACUCAUCCCCCUUAGAGGCGGCGCAACUGCUCCCGCUGUCUCAAGUGCUCGACUCAGAAUAGCUGAGCAGACCGGUGCAAAUGCUAUCGGAGCAGCCAAACACAAACUCACACCUCAGUCUAUCCUUUCUGAGGCAUCUUUCCACAAUGCCAUCACAGUUUUGCAAGCAAUUGGAGGUUCGACCAACGGGAUAGUGCAUCUCCUCGCCAUUGCAAACCGGCAUCCGGAGGUCUACGGCAAAAUUACUCUGCAGACGGUGGACGAGAUUGGACGGAAGACACCGUUGAUUGUGGACCUCAAGCCUAGCGGGGACAAUUACAUGACAGAUUUACACAAUGCUGGCGGCAUCCCUGCCCUUUUCAAUACGCUGCGGCCUCUCUUAUAUCUGGAUGCCCUGACAAUAACAGGACAAACACUUGGUGAAGCUCUGGAUGCUGAGAACUUCCGCUCGUUCCCGUUUUCGGCCCAAAUUAUUCGGCCUUUGGAUAACCCGCUAUAUCCAUCUUCAAGUCUUGUGGUGUUGUACGGCAACCUUGCUCCGGAUGGGGCCGUUAUUAAAGCGAGUGCUAGCAAGUACCGUCAUCUACUCAAUCACCGAGGCCGAGCUGUGGUGUUCGCUGGUCCUGAAGACCUUGCCAAGCGUAUUGAUGAUCCAAAUCUCGACGUUGAUGAAAAUUGCGUUUUGAUCUUACAGGGCAUAGGACCUAUUGGCUUCUUAAGUCCAGGCAUGCCCGAGGCUGGUUUGAUACCCAUCCCACGCAAGCUCGCAGCUCGCGGGGUCAAAGAUAUGCUGCGGUUAUCAGAUGGACGCAUGUCUGGCACGGCGGGAGGCAGCAUCGUAUUGCAUAUAUCGCCUGAAGCUGCAUUGCCAGAAAGCGUUCUCGCCAUUGUGAGAGAUGGGGACAUUAUAUGCUGUGAUAUGGAAAGUAGAAAACUUCAAGUGGAGAUCGAUGAUGAUGAGAUAACCAGGAGGAUAGCGGAUAGGAAAGCUAGACUAGACAGUGGGUUGGAAGCCCGUGGGCUUGCAGAAUCUAGGAGACGGCCAGCUCGCGGAUAUAGAGGGCUGUAUGAAAAGAGUGUGAUGCAGGCUCAAGAUGGUGUGGAUUUUGAUUUUUUGACUGCAGAUGGGGCAGGUCGGUAA